UUAUUUUUUAAACGAGUUUCUGUCCAUUAAUAAAAUAUGAUUAAAACUUGACUAAAAAAAUAAGAACUUCUAAAAUUGACCAAGUUUGAAAUACUGUUAAAAAGGAAAUUCAUAUAAAAACAGGGGGAUUUCCCAAAAUUGAAACACAAUAUUAGUAAAGUCAGAAUUUUAAAACUGGUCGUGCAUGCUGUUUUUCAUUACCAAUGGCCAGCAAUGGAAUUUUACAGAAAUCUACAGUGCAGAUUGCAUCUUUGAUUCGGAAUGGUGCUAUUUCAAAAGAUGUGGUUGCAAGAGAGUGUUACAAAAGAAUUGAAGAGAUAAAACCUCUUAAUGCAUUCAUAACAGUAGUAGAUGACCAUACUAAUAAGAACCAUGGGUCUACCGACCUACCCCUUCAUGGAGUCCCAUUUGCUGUGAAAGACAAUUUCAGUACUGUGGGUGUCAGAACUACAUGUGCUUCCAAUAUGUUGAAAGAUUACGUUCCUACAUUCAAUGCUACAGUUGUUGAUAGACUUCUAAAGGCUGGAGCUGUGAUGAUGGGCAAAACUAAUAUGGAUGAAUUUGCUAUGGGGUCCGGUUCAGUUAACUCCUUAUUUGGUCCUGUACGAAGCCCAUGGCUUUAUGACUUUAACAAUACAGAUAAUUCUGAUUGGUUUAUUUGUGGUGGGAGCUCUGGUGGUAGUGCAGUUGCUGUGGCAACAGGAGCAAGCUAUUUGUCCCUGAAGUUUAUCAUACAACACCCAGUUUGGGAAGCCUUGGAAUUUUACUAUGACCCACGGCCCUAUCGUAAAAUUCUACAAAACUUAGCAGAAACCCUUGUCUUUGAGUACAAUGUUCCUGGUAUGUCACCUGAGGUCAUUGAAGCGUGGAAUCGAACAGCGGACAUUUUUGAGAAUGCUGGUGCAAGAGUUGUGCAGGUAAGCCUCCCGCAUACAGAGUAUUCAAUACCAUGUUACCAAGUGCUUGGCGCAGCUGAAGUGGCAUCUAACAUGGCUAGGUUUGAUGGUUUGGAGUUUGGCCACAGAGUUGAAGGCGAUUACACAGAAAAGAUGUAUGCCCGAUCUAGAAGUGAAGGUUUUAAUGAGACUGUUGCUGGAAGAAUACUUGCUGGCAAUUAUUUCCUACUUAAAAGCAACUAUGAAAAGUAUUACGAAAAAGCAAUGAAAGUUCGCCGGCUCAUAACGGAUGACUUCCUAAACAUAUUUUCCACCAAAGAAAAUUUAAGAGUGGGUGGGAGACCCCAAACAAUGGGAAUGUCAAAUAGCAGUGUUGAUAUCUUGCUUACUCCAGCAAUGGUGUCACCUAGCCCACUAUAUAGUGAAUUCAAUCAAAGAAGUAACCGCCACAGAACUGUAGAGCAUGAUGUAUGCCUUCAGCCUGUUAACCUAGCAGGCGUGCCGGCAAUUUCAGUGCCUGUCAAUCUAUCACAAAAUGGACUGCCGAUAUCAAUGCAGUUGAUAUCAGCACACUUUAAUGACAGUACUUUGCUUAGUACUGCGAAAUUUUUAGAACAGUCGGUGUCUUUUCCUUGUUUUAAGUUUCCGGACAUUAUUUAAUUCAAAUAUACUUAUUUUAUCUGA